AUGGCAUCUUUGAGUUCAGGGCCGUCUAGAGAUAACAAGUCAGGCUUUUGGAAGAAGAGCACAACAAGCGUACCCGGAAGUAUUAAACCUGUCUAUGGAGCUCAGCAUCCACCUCCACAGUCUGUUACAGUUUUAUCAACCCAGAAAGAAGACAGAGGGAAGAUCAACAAAAAUGACUCAUUUCACGAUUUUGAAAGAAAAACUUCUGACGCCUGGGAUGAUGGUGAUGAUGAUUUUAUGCACAUCGCCACCCUGAAACUAUCUCUUAGUGAUGUGCACUCGUCAGCAAAGAUUGUGCUUGACAACCACAGUAAAAUGGCAAGCUCAAUACACAAGCAGCAGAAAGAACUUACAGAUCUGAAUUCUUCCUCCAGCAAAAGCAAUGCUCAACCAUAUCCAUCAAAUAACCACCACCACCAUCAUCAUCUGAGUGGACCAGGCGUUGGGGUCAGGCUGAAUAGUGGGAGCUACAACCCACCAAAAGUGACCUCCAUUCGAUAUGUCACCAGUUCUACAUCGGACAGAGAGGCAGCACGUGUAGAUAAAUUCAAGGCCUUAUUUGCUGAGUCCUCUUUAGAUCUAACUGCGCUUCGCAAGUUAUGUUGGUCUGGAAUUCCUAAAGCUGUACGCCCCAUAGCAUGGAAGAUUUUAUCUGGAUAUCUGCCUACUGCAGUAGACAGAAGACAGGAAACGCUGGAGCGGAAGCGCAGGGAGUACUUUGGUUACAUCGAUCAGUAUUAUGAGACUAGAUAUCAGGACUUACACGAAGAGACCUUUCGGCAGAUUUUAAAAGAUAUCCCACGAAUGACCUCGCUAGCUCACCUGUUUCAAGAGAAACAGGUUCAGGAGAUAUUUGAAAGAAUCUUGUUUAUUUGGGCCAUUCGUCAUCCCGCCAGUGGCUAUGUGCAAGGCAUCAAUGAUCUGGUGACGCCAUUCUUUGUGGUCUUUCUGUCAGAAUACAUUGAGAAUGACGUGGUGGUUGAGAACUGUGAUUUGACAGAGCUGUCACAGGAAACUCGAGACCUGAUUGAAGCUGACAGUUUUUGGUGCAUGUCGAAGCUUCUUGAUGGGAUUCAAGACAACUACACAUUCGCACAGCCAGGAAUACAGAUGAAAGUAAACGCACUCAGAGAACUGAUCAAGAGACUAGAUGCUCCCUUGUUCAACCACCUUGAGAACCAGGGUGUGGAGUUCUUACAGUUUUCCUUCCGAUGGAUGAACAACCUGCUGAUGCGGGAGAUUCCUCUGAGGUGCACCAUCCGCCUGUGGGACACCUACCAGUCAGAGAUCAAUGGUUUUGCUGAUUUUCAUCUUUACGUCUGCACUGCCUUUCUGAGACGUUUUUCAGAAGAUAUCCUUCGAGAGCAUGACUUUCAGGGAAUUCUGAUGUUUCUCCAAAACCUGCCCACUGACGCCUGGCAAGACAAAGAAGUCAGUGAACUCUUAGCAGAAGCCUACAGACUCAAGUACCUGUUUGCUGAUGCCCCACGACAUCUGUUACUUAAAUCUUGA